UUUUGCGGAAUAAUAGCUCGUAGGCCUACUAUAAACGCCCCUUAAAAUAUUUGAGGAAUCAGUGCGUUGUAUUAUAGCGAUACGCUUAAAUGACUAUGUGUAAAGAUUAAAUAACUUAUCAUUUUAUAAUCAAGCUAUGAACUAAUCAGCGGUUUGGUAUAAAUCGAUUGUUGUGCUAUGAUAUGCGAUAUUGAACUCGUUGUGACUACACGCCAGUUAGAAAAUGGCUACUAUCUACAUGUAUUGUAAAGUUUUAAUACUAGUAGUGAGUGGUUUGUGUUUAGUGAACUGUGCAACUCCACCACAUAUCGUAUUUAUAGCAGCAGACGAUCUAGGAUGGAACGAUAUUGGCUUCAGAAAUCCUCAAAUGAUAACCCCAAACAUCGAUAAAUUAGCACGAGAAGGUGUUAUACUCAAUUCUUCAUAUGUACAACCAGUUUGUUCACCGACCCGGAAUUGUUUUAUGACUGGUUACUAUCCAUUCCAUACUGGAUUACAGAAUGGUGUAAUCAGACCAUCAGAACCACAUUGUGUUCCAUUGAAAUAUACAUUCUUACCACAAAAACUGAAGGAACUUGGAUACACAACACGCGCUAUAGGAAAAUGGCAUGUAGGAUUUUGUAAUGUAAAUUGUACACCGACGUACCGAGGUUUCGACAGUUUUUCUGGUUAUUACACUGGGGCAGAGGAUUAUUUUAACCAUACACGAGGUUAUCAGGGAGAGAUGGGUUAUGAUUUUCGACAUGAUUUUGAAAGGAACUCCACAGUCGACGCACAAGAUAAAGGACGAUAUUCAGCUCAUGUAUUUGCUGACAAGGCUAUAGAAAUAAUACGCACUCAUGAUGCCAGUAAACCCCUCUAUCUGUAUUUACCUUUCCAAUCAGUACACGCACCGUUACAGGUACCAAUCGAGUAUGAAAACAUGUAUCUGAACAUACACAACUUGAACAGACGAACAUUUUGUGGAAUGACUUCAGCAUUAGAUGAAGCAAUAGGAAAUAUAACUCAGGCUUUAUUAGAUAGUGGACUGAUGGAUAAUUUAUUACUCGUCUUCACUUCUGAUAAUGGGGGACCAGUAGAAAAUGCUGCCAAUAAUUUACCAUUACGUGGAGGUAAACAUACAUUAUGGGAAGGUGGAACGAAAGGAACAGGAUUCAUCUAUAGCACCAGUUUACUGGAGAAAACAGGUUACAUACAAACAGGAAUGAUGCAUGCUGUUGACUGGUAUCCAACCUUAGUAACUCUCGCUGGAGGAACGCCAGAUACGUCCAUGGAUGGUGUGAGUCAAUGGGAGAUGUUGCGUACAGGAGUAGCUCCAAGUGCCAGGACAGAAUUUAUUUAUAACAUUGAACAAAUAUCAAAUAAUUCAGCAAUAAGAAUGGGUGACUACAAGUUGAUAGUUGGUGAUGCUGGUAAACCAGAUGGCUGGACACCAUUACCUACAGACAGCAAUCCUGCUAUACCACAAUGUACUGAUCAAUAUGGUUAUUGUACUGAUGAUAAACUCUACUAUAAAUCUUCAAAUAAAAUCCAACUUUUUAAUAUAUCUAGUGACCCUACCGAGCAUUUUGAUAUUUCAAAACAAUAUCCGGACAUUGUUGCUAAAUUGAAAGCUCGUCUGGAUUUCUACACGGCAUCAGCAGUCCCACCAUUCCACAGUACUCCAGAUCCCAAAUCAAACCCGAAAUAUUUUGACGGUAACUGGAGUCCUGGAUGGUGCUAGGUUAAUAGACUGUUUUGAAACAUUUGUAUUACGCAAUAAAUUAUUUUAAAAAUC